CGGAGCAGGGACUGGGACGGUGGUUGCUGCUGCUGCUGCUCCUCUCUCUGUGAGUGUAUGUGAGUGUGUGUGUAUGUGUGUGUUUGGAGGCAGAGUAGUUGGUGGAUGUGGACACACUCUUCUGCUCCUGUGUUUUUAUCUCCCACCGACAUUUGAAUCACAAAAGAAGAAGGUUUGAGGCUGGAGGUGAGGGCGGCUGCUCGGCUGCUGCUGCUCUGCUGCUGCUCUGCGGGGGAUGUUCACACACACAAUGGGAGACUCGGCUCUGGCUCCGUCCUGAACGCCGCUCUAGAAUAAUAUUUACCCUCACUCUGUGUGUAAUGGAGUGGUGGAUCCCGAAGCAGGAUCUGGAUCUGAGAGCAGGACUCAGGAGCGAGGACUCGCCGUCAUAAAGACUUCCUCUGCUCGGGUUGGAGUGUGUUGAUGUGGCCGGACAGAGCGCUGCUGUGAACCAGCAGUGGAGUGGACGACGAGCUGCCGGUUAAAUUCCUCUGGGAGAGACCACGGAAUGUGUUUCCUGUGUCAAAAUCCGGGCUGUUUUGCACAUCUGGAUCAGAGGGAAAUGUUUAAACUCAUGUUUCUGUCCGAGGAGUUGAGUUUAUAGAAAACAGCAGCAAGAUUUCCAGGAUCAUUCAGUGUGAAAGUGGAGCUGAGGCGGAGGAGGAGUGUGGUUCUUCAUCAGGGAUGUACCUCCUGGACAGUGGCUGCUCUGACAGCAUGGAGAGAGGAACUCCGCAGAGGAAAACUGUCUACCGCAUCUCCCUCACCUUAGUGAAGAGGGAGAGUCUGGACGACGACGGUGGAGGUCCGGUUCCACGGCGAGCCGAGAACCCAAAGGUGAGCACAUUCAGGAGGGAGAACUCGGUGGAGUUGCAGCGCGGCGGCCUGCUGGAGGAGCUGAGGGAGGUGGAGGACGAGUCCGAGGAGCUGUCGUCUUCAUCACACGGCUACAUGAGGAACUUCAGGACGUUCAGCACGGGGCAGCUGGAGCUGGGCAGGCUGAAAAUGGCCAGGAAGCAGCUGAGGGAUAAAGCUACCAGUCCGCUAGCAGAACAGGCUAAAGAAGCUCCAGCACACUUCCCUCUGGACACUCCGAGGGAGAGCAAGAGUCCAGAAGCAGGGACUUCAGAAGAGAUCUGCCGUGAAACUCCACAAACAGACGCUGCUGUGGAGAACGGAGGCGUGAACAAGAAGAAGAGGUUCCUGAAAGCAAAGAGCGUUGAGGAGAGAAGCUGUGCUGUUCCUCUGAACGGUGACAUGAAGAUGACACAGUCCAAAAGUAACGGGGACGCUCCGUUACCUGAGGCGCCUCCUCUGAAGAUAGCGCAGUCUAAAAGUAACGGGGACGCUCCAUCACCUGAGACGCCUCCUCUGAAGAGGCCACCAGGUCUGCUGCGCCGCAGCUUCAGCUUCAGACACUGGACCGGUGUGGAGCUGCUGCGCCUGCGAGCGCUUUCUAAAGACAAACACCACAGCAGCUCUGGCUGCAUCAGCCGAGACUCCACGCCGCCCGGUGCUGCCGCCGGUGAGGUUGUUUCUGAGCCACCGCCCUCCCGCCACCGUGAACUCACCAGGGAGAAGAGCAGGACACUGGAGGUCGGAGCCGUCCUCAACAAAACCGACUCCAUGUCCGAGCUGAGUCGCUGGGAAAGAGUGCGCGGCAACAAAAACCGGACGCUGGACAACAGCGACCUCCUGCGGCUGUCGGCCGAGAAGGACUCCCCGGGAGCAGGAGGGUUCCUGCUGCGGGGAGGCGGAGGUCGCUCCAGUGAGCGGCGUCUGGUCCGCUUCUUCAGCGGGAUCUUCUCCAGGAGAGACGGAGCGUCCACGUCCACGCCGGUGGGAAGUCCCAGCACCAACCACUCACUGCGACGCAGCAGGAGGGCGAUGCUGUCGCAGUCGAGCACAGAGAGCAUGAACGGAGGAAGCACUGAGGAUGCGUUUGUGAACAGUCAGGAGUGGACGCUCAGUCGAACGGUACCAGAACUUAAAGUGGGCAUUGUGGGUAACCUGGCCAGCGGUAAGUCGGCGCUGGUGCACAGAUACCUGACGGGAACGUACGUCCAGGAGGAGUCGCCUGAAGCUGACGUGGACGCAGGCGGUCGAUUUAAGAAGGAGAUCGUGGUCGACGGUCAGAGUCACCUGCUGCUCAUCAGAGAUGAAGGAGGCCCCCCGGAGGCUCAGUUUGCGUUGUGGGUGGACGCGGUCAUCUUCGUCUUCAGUCUGGAGGAUGAGAUCAGCUUCCAGACGGUUUAUCACUACUUCAGUCGACUCGCCAACUUCAGAAACACAACUGAUCUGCCACUGGUGCUGGUCGGCACACAAGACGCCAUCAGCUCAGCGAACCCUCGAGUCAUCGACGACUGUCGCGCCAGGAAACUCUCCAACGACCUCAAACGCUGCACCUACUACGAGACCUGCGCCACCUACGGACUCAACGUGGAACGCGUGUUCCAGGACGUCGCUCAGAAGAUCGUCGCCACCAGGAAGAAGCAGCAGUUGUCCAUCGGCCCGUGCAAGUCCCUCCCAAACUCUCCCAGCCACUCGUCCGUCUGCUCCACGCAAGUGUCGGCCGUCCACAUUCCCCAGACGAGUAACGGCGGCGGCAGCUUGAGCGACUAUUCGUCGUCGGUGCCGUCCACGCCGAGCACGAGCCAGAAGGAGCUCCGCAUCGAUGUUCCUCAGACCACCAACACGCCGACGCCCGUCAGGAAGCAGUCCAAGCGCCGGUCCAACCUUUUCACCUCCAGGAAAGCGAGUGAGCCGGACAAAGAGAAGAAAGGUCUGGAAGCUCGGGCCGACAGCAUCGGCAGCGGUCGAGCCAUCCCCAUCAAACAGGGGAUGUUGCUGAAGAGAAGCGGCAAAUCGCUCAAUAAGGAGUGGAAGAAGAAGUAUGUGACGCUGUGUGACAACGGACUGCUCACCUACCACCCGAGUCUGCACGACUACAUGCAGAACGUCCACGGGAAGGAGAUAGACCUGCUGAGGACCACGGUGAAGGUUCCGGGAAAGAGGCCACCGCGUGCCAUCUCCACCUGCGCCGCUGUUCCCGCCCCCAAAACCAACGGGCUGACCAAAGACAUGAGCAGCCUGCAGCUGGGACAGAAUCCAGGCACGGUGACCAGCAGCUCCUCGGUGUCUCAGAUGGCGAGCGGCGUCAGCCUGGUUUCCUUCAACAGCCGCGGCAUGGAGGGCAUGCACCAGCGCUCGUACUCCGUGUCCAGCGCCGACCAGUGGGCCGAGGCCACCGUCAUCGCCAACUCUGGAGUCAGCACAGACACAGGACUGGGAGAGUCGGUCUGCUCCAGUCCCAGCAUCUCCAGCACCACCAGCCCCAAGAUGGAGCCUCCGCCUUCACCGCACGCCAACCGCAAGAAGCACCGGCGGAAGAAGAGCACCAGCAACUUCAAAGCUGACGGCCUCUCUGGUACUGCGGAAGAACAAGAGGAGAACUUUGAGUUCAUCAUCGUGUCGCUGACGGGGCAGACGUGGCAUUUCGAGGCGACUUCGUACGAGGAGCGAGACUCGUGGGUUCAGGUGAUCGAGAGUCAGAUCCUGGCGAGUCUGCAGUCGUGUGAGAGCAGCAAGAACAAGUCUCGUCUCACCAGUCAGACGGAGGCGAUGGCGCUGCAGUCCAUCAGAGGAAUCCGAGGAAACGGACACUGUGCCGACUGUGAAACUCAGAACCCGGACUGGGCCAGUCUGAACCUGGGCGCCCUCAUCUGCAUCGAGUGCUCGGGCAUCCACAGGAACCUGGGCACACAUCUGUCCAGGGUCCGCUCUCUGGACCUGGACGAGUGGCCGCUGGAGCUCAUCAAGGUCAUGUCGGCCAUCGGCAACGAGCUCGCCAACAGCGUGUGGGAGGCCAACGCUCAGGGACGCCUCAAACCCGGGCCAGACGCCAGCAGGGAGGAGCGCGAGCGCUGGAUCCGGGCGAAGUACGAGCAGCGUCUGUUCCUGGCGUCGCUGCCCUGCGUGGACCUGUCUCUGGGUCAGCAGCUGCUGAGGGCGGCGGCCGAGGAGGACCUGCGCGCCGUCGUCCUGCUGCUCGCGCACGGAUCCCGGCAGCAAGUCAACGAGACGUGCGGCGAGGGGGACGGACGCAGCGCGCUGCACCUGGCCAGUCGCAAAGGCAACGUGGUCAUCACGCAGCUCCUCAUCUGGUACGGCGUGGACCUGAUGGCGAGGGACGCCCACGGCAACAGUGCGAUGGCGUACGCCCGGCAGGCAAACAGUCAGGAGUGCGUGGACACGCUGGCGCAGUACGGCUGCCCUGACGAACGCUUCCCGCUCAUGGCCACGCCCAACCUGUCGCGCCGCAACAUCAACCGCAACAACAGCUGCAGCAGUAGCGGCAGCACUGCGCUCAUAUGACCACGAGAGGAGAGAAAAAAAAAACACAACUUUCAUUGUUCUAGCCGGGGAACCACUACCUGUCAUGACACUUAGGCCCCGCCCACCUCACCUGGUAACCAUCGCCGCCGUCGCCACUGCUGCAGCUGACGACAGCGGCGCGUUCAGACUGAUUAAAAACUGAUCGCAGCUCAGUGACGACGCUGCCUCCUUGUGUCCGCUUUGGGAGACAACACAGAGCAUGCUGGGAAAUGUUGUCCACAAGCAUCUGGGAAAAUAAUCACAUGAUUUUUAUUGACGGCCAAUGAGGGCGCAGUUUGAAGCUCAUACCUCACAAACUUUAACACUACACGGCCAGUUCCUCCCACUCACGCGCUCACGACCCCGACAGCCAAUCAGAAUCCACGGCCACAACAUAUCGUCAUCGUCUGCGUGUGAGGCGAGAAAAUCACGUCAUCAAUCACUUAAACACUCUCUCUCUCUCUCUCUCUGACGCUACGUGUUUUUAUUUUUAAUGUGAAAAAACUUCUCGAUGUAAAAUUUUUAAGAGGAAAAAAAACAAACGUUCUUAGAAGAAGUGAUCGAUCGCAUGUCAUUUUAAUUUAAAACAGUUUCCUCCGCUGUGUAUAUUAUUAUUAUUAUUGUUAUGUCUCCAUGUUCAUUGCUGGACCAAUGGUUUAAAAUGUUCAAACACGGGGAAGGGAUUUUCUUUUUUGGUGUAAAAAGUUUGUACAGAAGUUUUCGUCAGGCUCAGGGACCGGACACUGUCAGUCAUAAACAGCCGCCAUCUUGUCCCUGCGCGUCCUCACACUAAGAGUUUGCUCUGACUUUGUUUAUUCACUCAGUUCACAAAUAUCAGAAAUACAAUCAUUUGAGUCAUUAAAAAGAAAAAUUCAACAAAAUUCAGAAAAUGUGUGGCUAAAAAAAAUUGGAAAAUUCUUCCCCCAAAAUCCCUCCCAAAAAAUGUUUGGGAUAUCUUUUAGAAAUGCAAUUAUGCAUAGAUUUUGUUAUUUAAAAAAAAAAAAGAAAUCAAGAUUUUUUUUUUUAUAUUGUUUUUUUUGUAUUCUUUUCCCCAGAACAUUUUUGAUAAAAAAAAAAUUUGAUUUUUUUUAAUUGACAAAAAAAAAAGUAUUAUGGGACCGAGCUCAUUUCCGUUCUACCUUUGCAAAGUAGAAUUGGUCCCAGAGAAAUGUGAACUGAGCGUAUGAACAUGAUCAAUCGUGUGAUUUGAUCAAACAUCGGAGUCAAACAUCGUCCCUAAAGUUUUAUUGUUACGAGAAUUUAAAAAUGGAAAAGAAGCUGCUGCAAACAAACAAAAAGGGAAAACGGAAUCCGCGUCUUCUUUUUCAGGUGUUUUUAAUCUGCGUUAAAGACGAGCUGCGUGAGCAGUUGUAGAGAAACGUAUCUAUGUGUAAAUAAUUAUCUGUCGUAACCUUUGACAUCACAGCGAGGCUCGUCCGAUCUCAGCGAAUCACUAAGAAGCGCUCCUCCUCCUUCUCCUUCUUCUUCUCCUUCGUCUCCUUCUUCUCUUGUCUGGAAACUUUCCUUUCUCCUGUAAAUAAUCUCUUUCUCUAUCACUUCCUCUUUGUUCGACUGUGACAUUAUGUAAAUUAGAGGUCACAUGACGUACUGACCAUGUGGGAAAAAAAAAAGAUCUCCACUGACUGAAUGUUGCGUGUUUGGACUCAGACCAGGAAACAUCUGAACCGGUGGUUUCCAACGUGAAAAAAGGUGUUUUGCAGGAAAUUUGACUUAAAACCAGUUUGACGUGAUAUCAGGUCCACAUUUAAACCAGUUUAAUGUUCAUGUUUAAACUGGAUUGAUUCAACACCAGGUUCACAUUUAAACCAGAUUGAUUUAAAGUGGUUUGUAUGUAAACUGAGUCUAAGUAACACUGAAUAUUCGUCAAGUACUCUAAAGAAGAAAAACUAACGUAAACAGAGAAAAACACUAAAUGUACACAAUCCUUUUGGCCUCGCACUGAUCCCAUCUUUUCAGAAUAGAUGUGCCACAAAGAAAUGUUGGGAAAGCACCGGUUUCAAAGGUCUCACCAGGGAAUGAUUUGUGAAUGUUGCGAGUUAGUUCCAGGUGUUUAGAAAAAAAUUGUCAAAAAUUACAUCAGUGUAGACACGAGCGAGGCUAGUUUUUAAAAAGGUAAAAUACUUUGACUGAACACUCUCUGAUUCAGGACUGUCGCUCCUUAACCUCGAUGUUUAGUUCUCCAACGAUAACCCGACACUGUAUCCAAGCAAUAUUUAGUAUUUACGAAGCGUCCAAGUCGUAACGUCUCACACAGACAUCGCUGCAAUAUUUCCAUGAAACCACAAACACACUCUGCCUCCGUCAAACACACAAGAAACAGGUCAAGGAAACCGUUAAAAUCAUCUUCCUUUUAUGCCUUUUUUAAAUUCACACGUCCGCCUUUUACUUUACGAACUUUUGUCCUGCACGUGCCACGCCCCCUCGUCAUAUCAAAGAGGGCGUUAGCUUUCCCAUAAACGCUAAAUCAAGGGGUGGAACUUGUGUAUUUGUUCUGGGGUUUUUUGUGUCCGACGUGUCCCGCACCUGUCCCCAAAGUGGACAGAAAAGCGGUAACAAAGACGUCCUUUUACUUUAUGACAGAAAUGCACUAAAUCACGGAUUAAAUCUAUGUUAACUGCGACUCUCUCCGCUCCACUUUUCACACGACGUCCAUGCGCUCAGUUCAAAUUCUCAAAUUUGUGACAAAUUUUUCUUUGCAAAGGUCUCAUGGAAAUGAGCUCAGCCAGAUAAUUCAACUUUUUUUCCAACAUAAUAUUUUUAAUUUAUUUGUAAAUUUUAAAACAAAUUAAAAAUGAAAUUAAAUUAAAAUAUUCUUCUAUUUUAUUUUAAUUGAAUGACAAAAUCUAGGAAUUUCAGAAUUUUGUUGAAUUUGAACAUUUUUUUGAUUUUUGAUUGUGAACUGAGCAGAAGCCAUUUCCUCUAAUCACAAAUAAAACAAAACAAGUUUUAGCUUCUCCUGUUAUGAAAAGGUAUCUGCUGCAGCUAGCACCUGUAAGCUUCACUCCACUAACACACAUUAACAAAAACUACACUUUUUUAACACUUUUAUUGCUUCACACAUUAUCGGGACAUUUCCCUAAUUUAUUCAGCUACACUUUUUUUUUAGAAGCUAGCCUGUCGGAUUCUCGCGUCAAAGAGUACGGAAACUGCUGAGUCGCCUGUGGCUAGCAUUGAGCACUUUAGCAUAGCAUGGCUCCAUCACUACUUUUCACCAAUUUUGGUGAACUCAAAACCAAACGUGAAAAAAAAAAGAUGUGACACUAGAAAGCUCCAACUCUAGCUAGCGCCUGUUUAGCUUAAGCGACCUAUAAACUUACGUAAAUUCUUCUAUUCUACAGAUUCACUUUUUUUUAUUAUUAUUUUAUUUUUCUAUAAGUUCACAAAACCUCUCACAAUUCCAAAGUCAGUUUGUUAAAGCUAGUCGCAGCUAAAGUAAGUAUUUUCUUCAACUAUUUUGGUUUUUUCCCGUAUUAUAACAAUAAUAUUACUAACAAUAAUAAGACCAAACGUGAAAACUUGCAAAGCAUUAAAUAAAUAAACAACAACAACCUGUGAAGCUCCGGUUGCAGCUACUUAGCUAAACUCCGCUCACGGACGAUAGCAUGUCGCAAUACAUUUUUCUAGCGCUGUCCGCUCACGUAUUUACGAGCAUUUUUUAGAUACGAACGACUGAAGCUGCCUGCGUGUAAAUAAAUAAAUCCCGUCCGCUUCGGGGGGAAAACGAGGAAACUGUGUCGGCGCUAACGAGCGUGGCGUCGCGUGCAUCGCCUGUAUAUAUACUUUAAACAAUACAACGAAGAAGAAAAAGAAAAAUGCGACUCCGUAUGGUCGACUUUUGGUUCGUCUGGUUUUGUUACCUCAUGUACUUUAAGCCCUGCCCACCGUGGACGCCCGUUAUUUAUAAACACAGUCAGUGUGGAAGACUCCGCCUACUCAAACCUACAUGAGGGGGAUUUUUUGUUUUGUACCUUUUCUGCGAGCGUUUGAGGCCGUACAUGAUUUAUUAGUCUAUGAUUUAUCAUUCAGACAACAUUAAUGUUCUUAUUGUUAUUCUAAUUCUAAUUAUUAUUAUUAUUAUUGUUAUUAUUGAGUUUUGUCGGCUGUACAGUAAUGUUGUUCAAAAUUUGACCUAAUACAGAGUCUUCUACUGUAAUGUGUCUCUUUUCAAUAAAGACGAGAAUAAUGCUUCUUAAUAUACAGAACAAA